AGUGCUACCACCACCAGCAACUGAGGAAAGCGUUCCUCACCAUGCCUUCCCCUUCCUCGGCCCAUUGGCUGAGCUUGGUCGGAAGCAUCUGGCUACAGACCAUCAACGGCCCCAACUCCGACUUCCCGGUGUACUCGUCGCAGCUCAAGGAGCUCAAGAGCAUCAGCCAGGUGCAGCUCAACUUCCUUGCCUUCGCGUCCGACGCGGGCAAGCUCUUCGGAUGGUUCUCCGGGGUGGCGGCCCUGUACCUGCCACUGUGGGUCGUCGCGUUCGUCGGCGCGGCAUUCGGGCUCGUCGGCUAUGGCAUCCAGUACAUGUUCUUGGACAGCUCCGGCCUCCGGUACUGGCAUCUCUUCGUGCUCACCGCCCUGGCCGGGAAUGGCAUCUGCUGGAUCAACACCGUCUGCUACCUCCUCUGCAUCAACAACUUCGCGUCGAGCAGCCGCGUCGCGGUGAGCCUCGCCACGAGCUACCUCGGCCUGAGCGCCAAGGUGUACACCAGCCUGGCCGAGACGUUUCCCGGGUUGGCCAACUCGAAGACGAAGACGUACCUCCUCCUCAAUGCCGUCGUGCCGCUGUUCGUCACCGUCAUGGUGGCGCCGUCUCUCAGGGUGUUCGACCUCAAGAGCGCGGCUAGCUCGGACGUGGCAUUCCUCGUCAUGUUCGCGAUCACGCUCGCCACCGGCGCCUGCGCUGUGGUCGGCAGCAUCGGCUCGACGGCCAACGGCCUGUCCUCCAAGGAGCACAUGAUCAGUCUUGGCGUGCUGCUGGCCACCCCGAUCCUCAUCCCGGUGGCGCUCAAGAUCCGGGAGACCCUGACCAAGAUACGGGAGACGCAGCGGGAGAACAGGAUCCAUGACCUCGGCACCGACGAGUCAGAGUCCGUGGAGAGCGUCGUCGUCAUCGACGUCCCCGCCGGGGCAAACACGGAGGCAGCCAAGGAGGAGGACGCCGUGGUGAAGAAGCCCCAGGAGGAUGUCGGCGGCCUCCGGCUGCUGAAGAGCCCAGACUUCUGGCUCUACUUCUUCAGCUACAUGUUCAGUGGCACCCUGGGUCUCGUCUUCCUCAACAAUCUCGGUCAGAUCGCCGAGUCGCGAGGGAUCGGGCAGACGUCCACUCUGGUCUCCCUCUCGUCUUCGUUUGGAUUCUUCGGCCGACUGCUCCCAGCCUUCAUGGACUACUAUUCGGCGAAAAGUGGCUACUCCAUAUCGAGGACGGGGUCCAUGGCGUCGCUGAUGGCGCCCAUGGCGGGGGCCUUCUUCCUGCUGCUCAACCAGCGCGACUUCUUCCUGUACCUGGCCACGGCCGUGAUCGGGACGUGCACGGGCGCCAUCACGUCGGUGGCCGUGUCGGCGACGAGCGAGCUGUUCGGCACCAAGAACUUCGGCGUCAACCACAACGUCGUGGUGGCCAACAUCCCCGUCGGCUCCCUGUUCUUCGGCUACUUCGCCGCCUUCCUCUACCAGCGGGAGGCCGGCGCGCGCGGGACGCUCACCUGCUCCGGCGCCGGCUGCUACAGGGAGACGUUCGCCAUCUGGGGCUCGACGUGCGCCGUGGGGACGCUGCUCUGCACCGUCCUCUACGCGCGGUCUCGCAAUUUUGCCGGGAGGCUACCUGUAAGGAUACCGCCAUGCCUCGCCCGCUUAGCUAACCUUGUGUAGAUGCUAGAAGCUUCUCAUCGAUCUGGUCGAUUAAUUUAGCGGAUCAUACACGAAAGCAUCAGCCAGUAGGCGAUGUAAGUAAUUAGGUUUUGUUUCUUUCCACCACCUUUUUUUUUCUUCUUCUUUCCUUUUGGUUUUCUUGACUGAUUAUCCCACGGGGGAUACAGAAAAGGUUUGGAGCCUGAUCAGUAGAUAUUGUGCAGGCUGAUCACCUUGUUUUCUCUGCAUAUAUUCUGAUAUAUGUGCAUCAUAUACGAGUGGUUAAGAGGAAUUCAGGUCUCGUCUUGGCUAAAA